GGGGGCUGAAGACGGAUCUGUGUGUGUUUGUGCGUGUGUGUGUGUGUGUAUUAGUGUCACACAUAAAAUCAGAAGUGACACUACGCAGCAGAAGAGAAACAGAGACCAGCAGCUCCUGACAAACACAUUAGGAUGAUACUUUGUGUUGUGGAUUUAAAGGCAUUUGGAUGAUCAAAUCACUGGAUUGGGAAGUGCAGGACGGAGCCUGGAGAUCAUGGAACAUGAGGGUGACGUCUCAGCACCGGCUAACCAAUCACAGUACGGCAACUCCUCCCUGGUGUCCGAUGGGAUGGCGAUAUCAUCGGAGUACAGCGAUGCAGAGCUGGUGCUGCAGGCCGUAGCGAUGGGUGUCCUCGCGCUGGCCAUUGUAUUUGGUAACGUGCUGGUGAUUACAGCCAUCCUGCGGUUCCAGCGUCUUCAGACGGUCACCAACUUCUUCAUCGCCUCCCUGGCAGUUGCCGACCUCAUCAUGGGCCUGGUGGUGGUCCCCUUUGGCUCCACCUACAUCCUGCUGGGGACUUGGCCUUUUGGAAACUUCAUGUGUCAAUUAUGGACGGCAACUGACGUGCUGUUUGUGACGGCCAGCAUCGAAACCUUGUGUGUGAUCGCUGUGGACCGCUACCUCGCCAUCACCUCGCCGCUUCACUACCCGACGCUACUCACCAGGGGUCGGGCCUUCGCAGUGGUCCUCGGGGUUUGGGCAGUGGCCUCCCUCAUCUCCUUCCUGCCCAUCCAUCUGGAGUGGUGGGUGUCAGAUGACCUGAAAGCGAGGGAGUGCUUGGCCAACGAGAACUGCUGUGAUUUCAACACCAAUGCAGCAUAUGCGGUGUCCUCCUCGAUCGUGUCCUUCUACCUUCCGCUGGUGGUGAUGAUUUUCCUGUACACCCGCGUCUUCCAGGAGGCUCAGAAACAGCUGGAGAAGAUCAGAGGGAGGGAGAGGCACUUUAGUAACUUGCAUUACAACGCACAGCUGACAUAUCCCGAUGAUAGCCUAGAAAUGAAUAAACCAGCAGGAGCUGAGCUGGAAGGAGAAGGAGAGGACAGACUAAACAUGCAGAAAACAGAAGGAAUAGACAAUGUUUUGGUGGAAAAGCCUGGCGAGAACAGAGCGAGGACAGAAAAGGGGGAGGGAAGACACUCUGCUACAAAGCGCCUGAAGUUCUGUCUGAAGGAGCACAAGGCUGUCAAAACUCUAGGGAUCAUCAUGGGAACCUUCACGCUGUGUUGGCUACCCUUCUUCAUCCUAAACAUCCUUGUUACCUUCCUCAACUUGGGUGACAUCAAGCUGCUCUUCAGACUGCUCAACUGGAUCGGAUACUCCAACUCGGCCUUCAACCCGCUCAUAUACUGCCGCAGCCCUGACUUCAGGCACGCCUUCCAGGACUUGCUCUGUUUGAGGGGCAAAGUGGGGAGCGGGGAAGGGAGGAAGGGAUGGGGAUGGUGCAGGGGCAGGGGCACGGGCAGGGGUCGUUACCCCGAGCCCCCAGGUAGGACCAACGGGACAUCAGACCUGAAUGGUGUCAGGGGGCGGGACGUUCAGCAGAGGUCUGGGUGGAAGGGCAGUUUGGAGAGCUCAAUCCAGGACGGCUCGCUGACUGUGGCUCCUGGUUGCCGUGAGGAGGUGUUGGAAGUAGCUCCUGUUUGCCCUACAAAGUGGGAGGCUGACAGUCCUGAUAAAAGGAGCUGUGAGGAAAACCUGGUUUCUAUUGCUUGAGCGAUUAGUACGUUAAAAUGAACAAUGUGUGCACUUAGUCGAUUUGAAUUUCACAUCAUUGUCUCCCUUUACUGCUGUAGUUCUUAAACACAACUGCACGGGUAAAGGUUGUUCGGCAGUAUUCGGAUCGUUGGGAAAGGUCCAAGGCAUCAUAGCAAAACGUAUUGAGGUACAAUAAGACUGUACACAAUGCAUACAGUGCAUUAUCAAGGUGAAACUAAACAUAACGUGCUUCACCACAUUGGUACAAUGAGUUAUGUCUCUAUUAUUUAUUUCAGCCCCAUUUAUAACAACAAGAAAGGUGAUGUCUUUUAUUGACAGCCAAUGAAUUGUUUACCACUGAAUAACAAAUAUAAGAGUCAUAUAGUUACAUAUGACUGCUCCACAAUUGAAUUCCCGAUAAAUGAAUUUGAACAAAUCAAAGAUUGUGAGGAAUGAGCCACUGGAAGGAGGGUUUCUGGUUCUGAUAUACAGUAAUUGCACACUCUAAGGUUCCUUAAUAAUACAAUGAAAGCAUCAUGACGCCACGACUUUAGAGCAGCACCUGCUUACUUCGGUUUUUUGUUUUUAUAUUCCUGCCUCAUGAACAUCACUGCUGGUCCAAGAUUUUUUACAGGUUUACUCUGAGGUAUCAGACAAGCAUCUGAGACUUCAUAACUUCCUCUCUUGGUGUCAACUUUCUUUCAUCUCAUAGUUGCUGGGACAAUUUCCCUUCCUCUUUAUCUCUUCAAAAGUGUUUCUUGACCCACUCGUUGCUCUUAUCGUACCGUGUUUUGCUCUUGAAGAACAUUGUUUUCUGUCAGAUGGAGCUGGGGAGAUCACUUUCAUGCUGUGGCAUGUGUUUUAACAACAGUUAAAUAUCAUAUAAUAAUAGUAUAUAUUUUCUUAUUGCUUAAUGUUCACAUUACUCAGAAAAGGAUCGUUUUUGGAUUAGUUUUUGUCUCUUUAUUUCCCAAAUUCAUUGACGAUGAUAAAGUAGCUUGUAUACAGUUGCUAUGUAUGAAGACUAUCCAGAAUCCAGAGAUUACAUUAUACUCCAAGUGGACGCAUUCCAUUGUGAAACAAUCUCCCCAACCCUGCUUUUAUAUGUGCAAAUAAUUGUGUAUUAAUGUGUGUGUAAUAUUAAACGUGAAUUUGUUGAGGGUCAACAAUUGUCAUGUGGGAUGAGUAAAUAUAUAACCUGCAUGUGUGCCUGUAUGUUUUGUGUGCUAAACUUCAAAUAUGCCAUUGAAUAUUUGUAUAUAACUUGAAUGUACAUGUAAAAUAUACUUUUUUAAAUAUCUGCUCCCAUAACAUAUUUAGUUCUUAAAAAAUAAUCAAAAAGCUGUUGUUAUACAUGUGGAGUUUAAGCAGCACUGGAGACUUCACUCCAAAUAAGAUUUACAUUAUAUUUCAUUUGUUUAUUUCUCUUGAAUUACUGAAACAAACAAAAAGUUGUCAGUUGUUAGGAGGAGUAGGAGGUAGUAGUAGGGGUGGAUAGUUUUUUUUUACCUCCAUCAGAUCAUGAAUGUCAUCACUUUUCUGCAAAUAUUUAUUCAUAAGGUGUUAUUUUUUAAGUGAAAUAAUUAAGUUUUAUAUUGUUUGAAUCUGUUGCUCAGCUAUGUGUGUGUCUAAUCGAAUCCACUGUCGACUAGUGCAUGGCAAAUUUCUCAAUCUCAAUACUUGAUGGACAUGGUCAUUUGUUAAGUGGCCUGUUGGGCAAAAGAAAAACAGUGUGACCACAAGCAUGCUGUUCACUGAGCAGGACAUAAAGAAAAUAAAAAAUGUAACUUUAAAAUGUUGCUGUUAAAUGAUCAAAGGCUCCUUGUCAACAACGAAAACAUGAGGGCAGGAAAUGUGCUUAUCGUCGUGCUGCAACUUUAACCUUUUAACUAAGCCUAUGGGACCGAAGCUUUUUGUGCUUAUUCAGUCAUCCAAAUUAUCCAGACUCAACCUGUCUGUUUGCAUUCAAGUCAAAGUGUGUGUGUGUGUGUGUGUGCGUGUGUGUGUGUGUGUGUGUGUGUGUGUGUGUGUGUGUGUGUGUGUGUGUGUGUGUGUGUGUGUGUGUGUGAAGGCCAUGACGUACAGUGACAGGUGCAGUCGGUCACAGCUGCUGCAGAGGAUAUACAAUCACCUACACUGCGUCAAUUCACACGCAACUUCACAGUUUGAUGGGAAAGCUCCCUGUGUAUCCUGUGUGUGUUUGUGAAUGAAGCCUGUUUCCAUCGAACACGUUUCUACUUUAACAUAUAAAGGUUGAAAUACCUGAUAUGCACGUUUUUUCAUGUGUGUCCCUGGCUGUAUCUAUUAGUGUCCUGUCUGUUUUGUGUUUGUUUUUAGCAUUAAAACCUGCAAAGUGGUUGUCUUCUAAAUGCUGGCGAGUGUUGGAUUGUGUCUUUUUUAUAAUGCUUGUGUUGUAUGUGUUUACAAAACUACCCCC